UCAUGGUGACAUGAUUGUACACAUACAGGUGCACUAUUAUCGACAUUGCCAUACGUGAUCAGUAGAUUCCCUAUGUCCAACAUGAAGGGGACACUUUUUCAACCAACGGUGGCUGCAUUGACUGCGUUGUGCUUUUUAGGAAGAGAUGCAUCGGCUGCUGAAACCAUUCAGAGUUUAGAAGCUAAACUAGGAGACUUAGGGGAUCUCGGUUUCCCUCUUCCCACAGGCGGUGCAGCUGAGGCAUCCACCCCUUUCAAACUUGGACUGAAGGCACUACUGCUGGACAUGAACGGUCUGGCACGGGAGCAAUUUCAGACCGCCGGGAACGCUGGAUUUGCCUUCGCACACUGGGGCAGUGCAAUAGCCAGGCACUCUACAGUUACCUACGAGAACGAUGAUUUGGAGGUCGCAAAUCGAUUUCUCAAUAGGACAUUGGAGGGGGAGAGCCAACUGAACCCUUUUCAAAAGAAACUGGUGCAGGCAGCCGUGGCACUAUUUAUGCCAGGGAAAUCGAGAGUUUCCAGGGUUGAAACCUUCACGGCUUUGCUCAAAGAAAUAGUAGAUAGUCCAAAUGUUACUAAUAGUUUUGUGAAAUUACUUUACAUCAAAAGUCUUCUAGAGACAGCUCAGCUGAGUCGAAACGAGACUUUACAAAACAUGGUCAAAGAUAUGCUAAGACCAACAUUGGACACAGCGGACAUUGUAGAUCCAGACUUGCGUUUAUAUUAUUACUACCUCGCGCUGAUAACGUAUAAAAGAAUAGAUGAAGCUGAGACUGCCAAGGAAUUUGCAAACGCAUUCAACAGUUCCACAAACUUGCCAGCAUAUUCAUUUCAUCUUGCUCGAGCUGGGAUCUAUGUUCGUUUAGGACUAUGGAAGAUGGCUCACAGCGCGAUUUCAGCUGCAAAUAGCCUUGUUGAAGACAGAACCAUGUUUAUGCAGGAUUCUGGUGGAAAUUACCCUCGUCUUAAUUGGUUGAGAGUAAAGGAGACCAAGCAUUUUAUUCACCUCCAGCGCGGAGAGUUUGUGAAGGGACUAGAAGUUUUAAACGAAGUGAGGGAGUUCGUCGGACGGAUUGGCAACGGUAGCGAUCCCGUAAAACAGGCGUUCUUAUAUCGUAUGACGUCAAGACACUAUUUUGAGACUUACCAGCUGAAUCUGCCUAGUCCCUCCCUUCCAGACGUACAGCAACUGGAUGAGCGUUUACCAAAUGGGUUUUAUACAACGUAUUCUGAGGCAGCCCUGCAUGUAGCAACGGCUCAUAAACUGUUGAAGGAGAGCACAUAUGAUACGAACGAAAUAAAGCGUAUUUCAGUCAGAGUGGACCAAAUCCGGAGUCGAACCCUUCUUCAUGUGAACGGAUCCGAAUCAUUGGCUGCUCUACAUUCGUUACAUUUGGUCGAUUAUUGCAAAUAUCAACUAAUGGCGCUCUGGGCUUAUGCAAAUAAAUCUCUACCUCAAGCCAAACGUUACCUUACCCUUGCUGCAAGAAUUGAAGAAGUCCAUCUUCGCACAGCGUUUUCAAUGGAGCCUACCAUUUUGUUUUUGCCUUCAAUGGAACUGUACGGGGAUAUGAUGCAGCAGAUGUACAGUGAAGAACAAGGGUCAUCCAAAAAUACGUUCAAGGGCCCAGCUCUUCACAUUCAGGCUUACUACCAAUUAGCCCUUGUUCUAUAUCCUAAUCGUCCAAGCACUGUAUACAGAAUUGCCAAAAUAUUUGGAGAUGCUGAUAUGGCGGUUUAUUACAUACCGGUGGCUGUCAAGUGGUAUACCAAGACCAAGGAUAACUGGGUAGACGCUGAUACAACAUUUGACGGGUUAAGAGAAGCCCAAAUAUACAUCGAAUCCAAGAACCCACCGGAUAGGCUGAACCUAGUCAUCGGCCUAGGUGCGGGAGCAGUGGGGCUUGUGAUCAUUGUUGUUGUGAUUGUUGCAUGCUGCAGGAGAGACAAAGAAGAUUUCAACUACAACAACAAAGGCAUUGAGGCAGUAAAUCGCAGAAAUAACAAAGACGCCAAGAGAGUAGCCAAAGACGAUGUUGCGACCACCUCACGCAUAUAUGACACCCCUGAAAUAUACGAUGCGAGGCAUUUUGAAAGCGCCAACAGCGAUGGGACCGCUUCUCGCAAGCCGGAGUACAAAAACUUAAGUGAACCGGUACAGUCACAGCGGCCACAAUACGAUGAUACAGCUGCUGCAGUCCCAACAGUGAUUGUCACUGACGAAGACGUUGGCGCUGGAGUGUCGGAAAUGACCGUAUCGCAAACCUACUUCGAUGACACCGCAACCGACCAAACAAUGAGCUUCGAGCGCCAUUAUAACACGGCGGGGAUGUCAACUUUCUCAGACAGCCCCCGUGCAACAGAAGGGACAAUGACAAUGGCAGCUAUGGAUAAACCCGACCCACACGAUUCUAUUGAUGACGAUGAUGGCGAAGAUGAUAACCACCACACCUGGGAUGAAGAUUCCAAGCCUCUAAUAAAUAUCGUCAACGUCGACGACGCGGCCGACAGCGAACGAGAAGAGGCUCCCCCGCCAGUGUACACCCCUGGUUUCCAUGAUCUCGACACUGUAAUUGCAUCUCAAGAGGGUAAUACCGAUGACAUGUCUGACGAUAACAACAGAGCGGACCAUUAUGAUUCCCAACCUGCCGAGAGGGAAACUUUGGUGAGCGAAGGGCGUGUGAAUAACGGUGAUGACAACAACGCCACGGGCUUCGAUGAUCUCGAUGAUGUCAUAGCAUCGCAAGGUGAUGAUGACGCGGCUGGUGAUAACCAACCUGCCGAGCCUGAAACCUCCAUGACUGGCGGGACGAUAGAUCACGGCGAUGAUAACACCUACGAUGACCGCGAUAGCAAUGGGUCUUCAUUUAGGAACUCGUUCCCGCCGCCACCGCCUGAAAUUGAUAUAGAAAUCGAGGAUGCACCGGUUCGAAGAUAUGAUGAUGAUGACGAUGAUGAAAACCAGUGGGUAACAUCGCUUGAUGAUGAGCGACGUUAUUGAUGACAAUGAUGUUAUUGGUGUUCAAUAAAGAUUAAAGAGUGCGCUUUUCUGCUUAUAUGUAAUUCUUAGAGAUACAAUUGACAAGUUUACACUUGCCAAGAAUGAAGCGUUAAUGUGGUGCCUUGGGCGUUAGUUGCAGCAGUAUUGCAUUCGGUCGUGGUCAUUUAUUAAUCGGAAAUAUACCUAAAACAGCAAUUUCACUAUUUUGGACCGAUUACGUAGGACCGUCUAUAACUACGUUCCGGUAUCCGUUACCUUCGACAAUCUAAACAUUACGAGAAACAGUACGAGAAAGGUAAAUAAGUCAUCGUAGUGGAAAAUUUAAAAGCAUCCGACAGAACCGUCAGAUUGGCUACUAUUUAAAACAUAUUAUAAGAGAAAGAGAUGUGAACAGAUGGGAAGUGUUAAAUUGCUAUUUUUAUGUGGCAAGGAUGGGCCUCUCAAGAACUUGAACUUCCGUUUUCAUUGGUUUUAACCCAUUAGAAUAUUCUCUUUUAAAUAUUAAAAACUUGAUAUUGACUGUGAAUUUUAAAUGCCGCUAAUCCAUGGGAAUUUGAAGGUUGCAGGCUAAAUAUACUUAUAAGUAAAAUAAUAGGCCUAUUUAAGGAAAAUGUACAUCCCUGAAAAAUAUACAUAAUUGAAUUGCUUGAUUGCUUUCAAUAGAAAUCUUGUAAAAUCCUGGAAAUAUUGUUAAAACAUUAUUAAAGAAUAAAUGAAGUAUAGGUGUUUUGCCUUUUACUUUUUUGAA